UAUAUCUGGGCCAUAAUGUAGGGCUGAUAACAUAUCACCUAAUGGCGGUUUAUGGGAACAAACACCAGGCAUGAGUGGACAUGUACAGAACCUACAGAAUAUAGACAAAGAAAAGUGUCAUAUGUACAUUGUAUGCAUAGUAUCAAUAUAGGUACAGGUGUCUGUGCCCGGAGCACUAAAGCAUUAUCAACAAGGCACGGUGUCGGGCCUCUCAUAAGGGGAACCGUCGCCCUCCGUGGUAGAAUAAGAUGGAGUUUAAUGGGGAUACAGCAGCUGGUACAUUUUAUGCCAGCUUGACAAUCUGUAUGGAAGAUAGAAGGCUGUCUGGAGGAGUGAUGAUAUUUAUACCCCAGCAAUAGAUACCGGCAGCACCGCAUUGUAUCAGAUAAAUGCACAUCGAAAUAACACAAUUCAGCCUCCUGUAUAUUAAUAUAUUCAGCGCUCACAAUAAGCCAGAUGAUGCCACCUUGGAUGCUGAAAGGGUUCCAGUCUUCUCUAAAAACCGCCUGCAGUGUGAGAACCAUGUAAAGAAGACUUAAACUCUUGGAGGCAUUGAUAACCAAAGAGAGCUUGGGUUCCAUCUCUCUUCAUUCCUCUAAUCCAACACCAUGGAACAGCAGAGGUUACAGAGGUGGACAGAGAAACCAUUUCAUUUCCACAGUCAAGCAGCUUCUAUGGUCUUGCUGGUUUUGGCCAUGCUGUCUUUAGAAAUUCCUGGUGCUUCCCUCACCAACAUAUUUCAUGCUGAGCAAAGAGACUGGACUUUUAGUCACCUCACUGUGCAUCGGAGCACAGGAGCAGUUUAUGUAGGCGCAGUAAAUCGCAUUUAUAAGCUAUCAGGGAACUUAACCCUCUUGGUGUCACAUAGCACUGGUCCUGGAGAGGACAACAAAUCCUGCUACCCUCCUCAAAACGUUCAGCCAUGUAGUGAACCUCGUACACUGACCAACAAUGUGAACAAACUGUUAAUCAUUGACUAUUCUGAAAAUCGUCUGCUGGCUUGUGGUAGCUUGUACCAGGGUGUAUGUAAGCUUCUACGUUUGGAUGAUCUUUUUAUACUGGUAGAACCAUCUCAUAAGAAAGAGCACUACCUUUCCAGUGUCAAUGAGACUGGUACAAUGUACGGAGUGAUUGUACAUAGUGAAGGUCAGGAUGGAAAGCUCUUCAUUGGAACAGCAGUAGAUGGCAAACAGGAUUACUUUCCCACUCUGUCAAGUCGCAAGUUGCCUAGGGAUCCAGAAUCGUCUACCAUGUUGGAUUAUGAGCUCUACAGUGACUUUGUGUCGUCCCUCAUCAAGAUUCCAUCUGACACUCUUGCAUUGGUCUCUCAUUUUGAUAUUUUUUACAUUUAUGGUUUUGCCAGUGGCAACUAUGUUUAUUUCCUUACUGUGCAACCGGAGACACCUGUAGGUAUUUCGAGUAAUUCAGCAAAUGAUCUAUUCUACACCUCUCGAAUUGUGCGGUUAUGCAAGAAUGAUCCAAAAUUUCACUCCUAUGUUUCCCUACCAAUUGGAUGCACAAAGAAUGGAGUGGAGUACAGACUACUGCAAGCAGCCUAUCUAACCAAACCAGGUGCCACAUUAGCCAGGUCUCUGAAAAUUUCAGUGCAGGAUGAUGUACUUUUUGCAAUCUUCUCUAAAGGCCAAAAACAGUAUCACAAUCCACCUGAUGACUCCACGCUUUGUGUCUUCCCGAUCAAGACUAUUAAUGCUCUUAUUAAGGAACGACUACAAUCUUGUUAUCAGGGAGAAGGAAAUCUAGAGCUAAACUGGCUGCUAGGAAAGGAUGUCCAGUGUACUAAAGCUCCGGUGCCCAUUGAUGACAAUUUUUGUGGCUUGGACAUUAACCAACCGUUGGGAGGACUGAACUUGGUUGAAGGCGUAACACUUUAUACGGAAAGCAGAGACAGGAUGACGUCUCUGGCUUCAUAUGUCUACAACAACUACAGUGUGGUAUUUGUUGGGACAAAAAGUGGCAGGAUUAAAAAGAUUCGGGCAGAUGGUCCUCCAUAUGGUGGCAUUCAGUAUGAAGUGGUACAUACAAUGAGAGAUGGAAGUCCAAUCCUUAGAGAUAUGGCAUUUUCCACGGACAACAAAUACCUUUACAUCAUGUCAGAAAGACAGGUAGCAAGAGUUCCUGUGGAGUCUUGUGAGCAAUAUUCAACAUGUGCGGAGUGCCUGAGUUCUGGUGAUCCGCAUUGUGGAUGGUGUGUGCUGCAUAACAUGUGUUCCCAAAAGGAUAAGUGUGACCGCGCAGAGGAGCCAUUCCGGUUUGCAAGCAAUAUAGAUCAGUGUGUUAAGGUUGUAGUGCAGCCCAACAGCCUUCCCGUUUCUGAGCACAGCCUACCGCUCACUUUACAAGUUAGUGAUGUCCCAGAUCUGUCUGCUGGUGUCAUUUGCUCCAUUGGGAACAUUACUCAGGUAGAAGGACAAGUGUCUGGCAACCGGAUAGUCUGUAUUUCCCCAGCUGCAAAAGAUGUUCCUGUUAUACCUGCAGAUCAAGACUGGUUUGGGGUAGAGCUUCAGCUAAUGUCCAAAGAGACUGGCAAGACCUUUGUGAGCACAGACUUCAAAUUCUACAACUGCAGCGGUCACCAGCUCUGCUUGUCCUGCGUUAAUAGUGCAUUCCGCUGUCACUGGUGCAAGUACCGCAACUUGUGCACCCACGAUCCAACAACCUGCUCCUUUCAAGAGGGUCGUGUUAAUGUUUCUGAGGAUUGCCCACAGUUAAUACCCACAGAAGAAAUCUUGAUCCCAGUUGGGGAGGUUAAGCCAAUUACUCUGAAGGCAAGGAAUCUGCCCCAGCCACAAUCAGGCCAAAGGGGAUAUGAGUGUGUGUUAAAUAUACAGGGGGUCUUACACCGUAUGCCUGCUUUACGCUUUAACAGCUCCAGUGUCCAAUGCCAGAACAGCUCGUAUUUCUAUGAUGGAAUGGAUAUCAGUGACCUAGCAGUGAAUUUUUCUGUUGUCUGGAAUGGGAAUUUUAUCAUCGAUAAUCCUCAAGAUAUGAAAGUUCACCUGUACAAGUGCGCAGCUCAGAGGGAAAGCUGUGGCCUGUGUCUGAAAGCCGAUCAGAAGUUCGAGUGUGGCUGGUGCAGUGGGGAAGGGCGAUGUACUUUGCACCAUCACUGUCCCUCUUCACAAAACCAGUGGCUCGAUUGGUCCAGCAGGAAUGUCAAGUGCUCCAAUCCACGUAUUACAGAGAUACUUACUGUGUCUGGGCCCCCAGAAGGAGGCACCCGCGUCACUAUUCGGGGAGUAAACCUUGGUCUAGACUUUUCUGAGAUUGCCAACAAUGUGCUGGUGGCCGGAGUACAGUGCACGCCUGUGGAGGAGGAGUACAUCAUUGCUGAACAAAUUGUAUGUGAAAUGGGCCCGACGCCUCCUGCAUCAAGCUCAGGUCCAGUGCUUCUCUGUAUUGGAGAAUGUAAACCAGAGUUCAUGGCCCGGUCUUUGCAACAGUAUAGCUUUGUGAAUCCAGCUGUGUCUCACAUUAGCCCAUCUCGUGGUCCAGAGUCUGGAGGAACGAUGAUCACUAUCACUGGACACAAUCUGGGAGCUGGAAGCACUGUUUCAAUACUUCUUGGCAACCAAACAUGUGAAUUUUAUGGGAGGUCUCUGAAUGAAAUCGUCUGUGUGUCCGCUCCUUCCUUGCAUGGCUUAGGGCCGGUUCCUGUUUCAGUGAGUGUGGACAAAGCUAAGUUGGAGAGCAGCCUGCAGUUUGAGUACAUUGAUGACCCCAAGGUACUGCGCAUCGACCCUGAAUGGAGCAUUGCAAGUGGUCACACUUCUCUGACUGUCAUUGGUACCAACCUUGACAUCAUACAGGAACCAAGAAUACGUGUGAAGUAUAACGGCAAGGAAUCAGUAAAUGUGUGUAAGAAUGUAAAUGCUACAUGUCUGACAUGCUGGGCCCCUGCCCUAACACCGGAGUAUCGCCCGGGGCUGGAUGCUGUGGAGAGACCAGACGAGUUUGGCUUUAUCUUCAAUAAUGUGCAGUCUCUAUUGAUCUUCAAUAACACCAAAUUCAUCUAUUACCCCAACCCAACUUUUGAACUCCUUAGCACCACAGGUGUCCUUGAACAGAAGCCUGGUUCUCCUAUAAUACUGAAGGGGAAAAACAUUUGUCCACCUGCUGCAGGAGGGGUGAAGCUGAAUUACACUGUGUUGAUUGGUGAUAUUUCAUGUGCAGUCACUGUAUCUGAGACACAGCUCCUUUGCGAAUCACCUAACCUCACUGGACAACACAAAGUGACUGUUCAUGUCGGAGGAAUGGUAUUCUCGCCUGGAUCUGUCAAUGUGAUUUCAGACAGCCUCCUAACACUUCCCGCCAUUGUCAGCAUAGCCGCUGGUGGAAGCCUUCUUCUGAUCAUUGUCAUUAUUGUGCUCAUUGCAUACAAACGCAAAUCCAGAGAAAAUGACCUUACUCUGAAGAGGUUACAGAUGCAGAUGGACAACCUGGAGUCUCGGGUGGCCCUUGAAUGUAAAGAAGCUUUUGCAGAAUUACAGACUGAUAUCAAUGAAUUAACUAGUGAUCUGGAUCGCUCUGGUAUCCCUUACCUGGAUUAUCGUACCUACGCCAUGAGAGUGCUAUUUCCUGGAAUAGAGGAUCAUCCUGUGCUUCGAGAGUUAGAGGUUCAGGGCAAUGGACAGCAGAGUGUGGAGAAAGCCUUGAAGCUCUUUGCACAGCUGAUCAACAACAAGGUUUUCCUACUGACUUUCAUCCGCACCCUGGAGAUGCAGCGUAGUUUCUCCAUGCGUGACAGAGGAAACGUGGCUUCGCUCAUCAUGACGGCUCUGCAAGGGAAACUUGAAUUUGCCACAGAUGUCUUGAAACAGCUGCUUUCAGACCUGAUUGAGAAGAACCUAGAGAACAAAAAUCACCCCAAGCUGCUAUUACGCAGGACCGAGUCGGUGGCAGAGAAGAUGCUGACUAACUGGUUUGCUUUCCUGCUGCACAAAUUCCUUAAGGAAUGUGCUGGGGAGCCUCUCUUCAUGUUGCAUUGUGCCAUUAAGCAGCAGAUGGAGAAAGGACCUAUAGAUUCUAUCACCGGAGAAGCCCGCUAUUCAUUGAGUGAAGAUAAACUGAUUCGACAGCAGAUUGAGUACAAAACACUGAUCCUUAACUGUGUAAAUCCUGACAAUGAAAAUAGUCCAGAGAUACCAGUAAAGGCAUUAAACUGUGACACCAUCACUCAGGUCAAGGAAAAGAUCUUGGAUGCUGUAUAUAAGAACGUGCCCUAUUCUCAGAGGCCAAGAGCUGUGGACAUGGACUUAGAGUGGAGACAAGGACGCAUAGCAAGGGUUGUUUUGCAAGACGAAGACAUCACUACCAAGAUAGAAGGAGACUGGAAAAGGCUCAACACACUUAUGCACUACCAGGUCUCUGAUCGUUCUGUAGUAGCCCUUGUCCCAAAACAAACCUCAUCAUAUAACAUCCCUGCUUCUGCAAGCAUAUCCCGGACAUCCAUCAGCAGAUAUGACUCCACAUUCCGCUACACUGGCAGCCCUGAUAGCCUUCGUUCUCGUGCCCCCAUGAUCACACCAGAUCUCGAAAGCGGUGUUAAAGUUUGGCACCUUGUAAAGAAUCAUGAACAUGGAGACCAGAAAGAAGGUGACCGGGGAAGCAAGAUGGUUUCAGAAAUCUACUUGACAAGGCUGCUAGCAACCAAGGGAACACUACAAAAGUUUGUAGAUGACCUUUUUGAAACAUUGUUCAGUACAGUGCACCGUGGCAGUGCCCUACCUCUUGCUAUUAAGUACAUGUUUGACUUCUUGGAUGAACAGGCAGACAGGCAUAGUAUCUAUGACACAGAUGUCCGGCACACGUGGAAAAGUAACUGUCUACCGCUUCGGUUUUGGGUGAAUGUCAUUAAGAAUCCUCAGUUCGUAUUUGACAUCCAUAAAGGCAGUAUUACAGAUGCCUGCUUGUCUGUUGUGGCUCAGACCUUUAUGGACUCUUGUUCCACCUCAGAGCAUCGGCUCGGAAAGGAUUCUCCCAGCAACAAGUUGCUCUAUGCCAAGGACAUCCCCAACUACAAGAACUGGGUGGAGAGGUAUUAUGCUGACAUUGCAAAGCUCCCAGCCAUCAGCGACCAGGACAUGAACGCCUACCUCGCAGAGCAAUCUCGUAUGCAUGCAUCAGAGUUUAAUAUGCUAAGUGCACUGAAUGAGAUCUACUCAUAUGUCAGUAAAUACAGUGUGGAGCUAAUUACAGCCUUGGAACAGGAUGAACAGGGGCGUCGACACCGCUUAGCCUACAAAGUGGAGCAGUUGAUAGCGGCCAUGAGUUUUGACAGCUGAAUUUCAACACAGCUCUUUAACCAUGGAAAGGGGACAGAGCCCUGGCAAAGACUCUAAUGACAGAGAGCUGCAGGGCUCCCUGGACAUUCCUUCCAACUGUGAAAAAUCACAUCAAGCAUCAGAAGGUCUUACAGUAGAUUGCCUCGCACAAUGAGGAGAGCAGCCAAACCAGCUCAUAUUCAUCUGAGACCCUGAAGACGUCACUGGAGUUUCCACAAUCCCAGCAGGCUGCUGAUUGCAUGUUGUACGUAAAUUAAGAGACUGCAUAACAAGAGAAGACUCAACUGCUCUGUUUGUUGGUUUGGUUGUACGUUUCGCUCGUUUUCUCUUCAGAAGACUCCUAUUUUUAUUAUUAUUUAUUGCUUUUUUUUUGGGAAGGGUGUAAAAUGGGGGAAGAGUACAUUAUUUUUCAUCCCUAAAAGAAAAACACAAAGGGAAUUUUCAUAGAUUUAAAUUCUUAAGCGGCCACACUUGGCAUAUUUUGCACUGGUUCAAGGGAUGACUUUAAAGAUUUGAAAACAAUAGGAGAACUGUGGAUUUUUGUAACAUGCAUCCACUACCAGCUGAUCUACCAGAGGACUUGCACCCUAUCACCUGUCUACGUAGGAACUGUACUUAAGGUCACUCACUCCAAACUCACCAGCUAAUCCAACUGCUGUUGUUUCAUAGCAAGAGGCUUGUGUCCAUUAACCAAGUGGAAUUACUAUUUCAUGUCGGUAUAAAUCUGUACUAAGUUUCAUUGCUUUGUGUACUAAAACCAUUGCUUACAGCUUUUCUCAUAGAGAUCUUUCAUAUUGAACCCCAUAGAAUAACCUGGCCUUUAGCAGUAUGUUACAAAUGUCAUAAAGUCAUACCAAAUAUGAUAGAUAAAAACCAGAAUACAGUUUUAUACCAGUCCAUAGCCUCCAUAUCUACCUAAACUAUUGUACUACUAGUAACUUACCCACUCCUAUUGCUUAUUGUCUCUGAAUAGAAAAGCAGUACAUCUAGAAGGUCAAUACAUAAUAAUCUAAUAUGCUUGUUAUGUAUACAUGUUCUGUUAUGUACAGAAGCCUGCACAUUGUACAAUUAUCUUUAUUCAUCAUCUUGUUUACAUGAUCAUUAUUCCUAUAAGGGAACUUUUUUUAAGUGGAAUAUAAUUAGGCUUCUAACUCCCUAAGACCCUGUUCACACUUGAGUCAGCUUUUUUCAUCAUUUUCAUAAUUGCUUUUUGAUCGGUAAAAUAGUGUGGUAUGCUGCAGUAUUGUAUCCAGCAAAAACGAAAAAACAAAAACAUGUAUACCUGACAGAAAGUUGACUUAUCUAAGAUUAAAAUGUCAAAACCAUCAAAAGGAUCAAAAUGGAUCUAUCAUAUGGCACUAGUGUGCGCAGAGCCUAAGAUAAAGUAAUUCAGUGAUGUACAGAUUCCACCUAAAAAUGGUACUUCUCUUUAGGACUUAAAAAGGGGUUGUCCUGAGAAAAAUGGUGUUUGUUUUGUUAAAUCUGGUCAGGGAAGGGGUAAGUAAAAAAAAAAAAAAAAAAAAAAAGGAUCUUACAUUCCUAACUCCAGUAUGGAAGGUAAGAGGUAUAGCAGAGCUCCUUUCACUGUUCUCUGGCCCUUUUGGGUUUGAGGACAUGAUGUCACACGCCCCGCUCAACCAAUAAGUGGCUGUGGUGAGACACGGCUGCAGCCUCAAAUUGGAUGAGCUAGCGAGUCAUAUCACCUCCCCAAUCACAGAAGUGCCGGCCAGCAGGGAAUGGAGCCUUUGUAAUAUCGGUGAUGGCGGGGAAAGAAGGAAAGUAAUUAAUGGCUCCUUUUUUUUUUUUUUUUUUUUUUU